AGCCGCUUUCUUGCCCUCCUCGUCAGCCGGGCGGCGGCUCCUCCCGCGGCGGUCCUUCUGGCAACUUUGCCUGAGCGCCGCGUGGCCGAGGCCGGCUUGCAAGCGUCGCGUCGCGUCCGGAAGGCCUCCUGCCUGCCCGAGAGGAAGGAGCAAGACGUGCCCGCCAGAGCUUGCAGGGGCGGGACUGGCAGCGGCGGCGGCAGCUCGAGGAAGCUUCCCAACCUCGCCGGGCAGACCUUCCUUCCCGCUGGACGCCAUUAUGCCAGAUCCGACUUACUGUGACCGUUUACGGCAGGACAUGGCAUUCCUAACGAGCAAAGGCAGGCUGAGCGAGCAGCUGGUUGACAAAAUUAUCCUUCAGCUGAACAGAGUUUACCCUCAGAUUCUUACCAAUAAAGAAGCAGAAAAGUUCCGAAAUCCCAAAGCUUCUCUUCAUAGUCGGCUGUCAAACCUUAUAGCCCACUUGCAGAAGGAAGGCGACAAACCAUGUCAAGAAUUUUACCGUGCUUUGCAGAUCAAUGCUGAACAGCUGUAUAACAACUUGCCAAGCAGAAGAAUUCUAAAAACCUCAGAUUCCACAGGGAUAAACCCUGAGAAGGAGAAAUGUAUUCUAAAUGACAGGGGCCCUACAUUCUUUCUUGCCUGCUUCAGCAUCGCCGCAGGAUUAGCCUUCUACAUGUAUUGCUGUAACUCAGAUUCAAAAGUCCUAGGAGGAGCCAAGAAGAUACUGGGGUUCUCUCCAAUCAUCAUAGGAAGACAUGUUAGGAAUAUUUGUAUGUUGUACAUGGAAGACGCACCAAGAAACAACUAAGAAUAAACUGGCUCACCAGUCUAGCAUGAAAUUUUCCUGCCAGUGGAAGAGCUACAUUGUCAAAAGAUAUGCUAUUUUCUUAUACCAAAGAUAUAACUAACCUGUGGCUUCAGCAGUGUAUAUUUGCUGCUUCCAAGGGCUUUCAAAGGGUCAGCUAUAUAUGCCUUUUACUUGUGGGAGUGGAUGUUUUUAUUUUUUUGUACAAGCUUAAAUUAUUUAUCACUUGAAUUUUUUAAAAAAGAAUUUUUAAUGCAAGCUUUUUAACAUGUGCCCUAAGUCAUUGCAAAGUCCUCUCAUGUCCUGUAUUUGUAUUCUAUUCUGGUCUAGAGGCAUACCAAAAAGUGAUUCCUUCUCCAAGAUGGGCAGAGAGCUUUCGCUCAGUGUUUGAACCCUAAUACCUGCUUGGGGGGGGGGAUCUUUAUCCAGACAGCUAUGAAAUCCACAUGGAGUUUCCCAGCUUCACAGAGAACAAACAGAAGGAUUCUACUGAAUAUCAGUGUAAACUUUGUGUUACUGCUGGUUGAAAUUUCCUCAGAAGAUAUCAUGCUUGGUGCAUCAGUUAAUCCAUUAGCAAUGGUGGGAGAUCCUAUGUGCAAAUAGUAAACUCAGGUGGAUUCAGAAAAGGGAACUUUUUUAAAAAAAAUAUGCAAACUUUAGAGCAACACUUGAAACAAAUUAACCCCAAACCUUUUUCAGAUAUAGAGGUUGUUUUCUUCCUCCUCCUCCUCUUCUUCUUCUUCUUCUUCUUCUUCUUCUUCUUCUUCUUCUUCUUCUUCUUCUUCUUCUUCUUCUUCUUCUUCUUCUUCUUCUUCUUCUUCUUCUUCUUCUUCU